CGAAACGACAUACCGACGUCAACGUUAGCCAGGCCGUGGCCAAUAUUCUUACCACCGUGCAUGCGUGGUCUAACGUGCGAAUAUGUCAGAUGAGUCAGGUCAGAAGGACGCUGAGGAUAUUGAGUGGAACAUAUUUUGGUCGCCUCCAGUGAGUCCGAACUGAUUCCAGGACUUCAUCCUGACGUCCGCCACCUUCGAGAAAGACCAUCGAAAUACAUGAGUGGGCGCCUUCGGUGCCUGACGAUUGUAAAGGGGAGAAAACCGCACCGGUUGUUCGCGCUGCUUCGGAGACAAUUCCUUCUCGUCCGUGAUCGAAAUGGCCCAUCGGAGGUUGGGAGUCUGAGAGUUGCACGGCAAUGACAGCACUUGUUAAGCGACCAACUGGAUUGUAACCAGUGACACAACAUCCGCGAAUCACGUUCACGGAUUUCGCCAUGUUGUGCCGUCGCUUCCGAGCACGUCUGGACGUGAUAAAUAGACGUUUCAACUUGCUAGACUUUGGCAUGUAGAAUGGGAGUUUAUAAUCGGAAAGACCGGCUUACCAAAUGGUUCCUCACAUCUCGACCCACCCAUUGCGCUCCCAGUUCCAAUGGACUUGUUGUUCCCCUGUCGUGCCAUGCGAUCGACAGAUAGGCAAGAAAGGCAUCAGUUGGCCCUGAGCUGAGCCAGGCCAGCAUUCCCAAAGCACUCGAAAAGUUGAAACGGGCUUGGAAUGGAAGCUUAACAAAGAUACCUCGUAUAAGAGACGAGACUCGGGCCUUCGACAUUGAGAAAGUAAGGCAGUACAGGCACCACACAACACUCACAAUGUUCACUACGAUGCACUCCAUCUUCGCCGCUACUAGUAUCAUCCUUCCUCUGCUCGCAUCAUCAGCAGUCACACCAAUCCCCAGCCCCUUCGUAGGCACAAUUCUUGCACCUACCUCAGGGCUUGUCAUCGCCUCAGGAGCAGAGAUCCCAUUCGCAUACCAGACGCGAAACUGGUGUGAACAGGCCUACACUGAGUUCAAGGUGUCAAUCGUGCCUUAUGCGCCAACGUUCGAUAACGUCACCGACGCCGACGGUACCCUGCAAGAUGCGUUGCACGAAUUUGGCACUUUCACCGUCGUCAAUUUCCCUACUAUACCCCCGCAAGGCAUUCCGCCACCAGAGACUCUCACCGUCCCGGAUCUGACAGAGUUGACGGGCAGUGCCAUUGACAACUCAGAGCUAUUCAUCGCCGUAUCCGACAUUUUCCUGAGUUGCCCUGGGCAUGUCAUUGAGGAGAUUGGCGUAACUUCUGUGCCCAUCCUUUACAACCCGAUUUCAAUCCCCUGAGGUUUUCUUUAAUGAAGACAUUUUAGUUUCAGCGCGAUGAUUGAACAAGCCACCUAUUUCGAAAGGGAUGGACUGUGAUGGACUGUGCUAGACAAUGGAUAGACUCGAAUACCAUAGAUAUUUCCCAACUAUCUUGCUGAUGUUGGUUUUGUACACGUUUGGACUACAUGUCGUUGAAAAUAUUUAUGGACGUUCUCGUAUUACCCUUCGAGUCUACCACCAGGUUAUCCUAAAGAGAAUAUCGUCAG